AUGUCGUCGUCGACGACGGAAGACAAGCGUUUCACGAAGCACGGGUUCCCGAAAGGCUUCCGCUUCGUGCCCACGCACCUGGAGCUCAUCACCAUCCUCUCACACAGGGUCUACGACCGGCGGCUCCAUCCCAUGGUGGCCGGCAUCUUCCACGAGCUCAGCAUCCUCGAGCACCACCCCGAGGAGCUCCACGACAUGUACGAGCGCGACAAGGAGCACCGCUACAUCUACUUCUUCAGCUGGCGGCAGUACCAGAAGACGGGCGGAGCCGCCGCCGGUGGUCCGGUUCAUAAAAAGAGGCAGCGGGGAGCCGGCCAAGACGAGGACGACAACGAGCCGCGGCCGGUGCGCUGGGCCAAAGGCGGCGGGUGGAAGCCCUCGGGCGGCGGCCAUGUGCUGCGUUGGCCAAAAGAAAAGGGCGGCUUCGUCGCCGGGAAGAUGGUGACCAUGGUGUUCUACGAUCAUCGUGACGGCGGGCAAGUCAAGAGCCAGUGGGGCAUGCACGAGUUCACCGUCCCCGUAGACCAGCGACUGCUUUCCAAGCCUACAAAGACCACACAUUCGCACGAGCUGGCCUUGUACCGCCUCUACAAACUCAAGAGCGACGACGGGGCCGGGAGCAACCAGACGCUGGCGAACGUCUCUGCUGCUGACGGCCACUUCUCGGCGCCGUGUCCAGCAGGCCAGCCGUCGUUCGGGAUCUUCACCGGCUGGAACCAACGACUCGCCGCCGGCGCCUCGACCUCACGGAUGCUGCCGCCGCAGCUGCAGCAGCAUCACAUACCCAACGUUGGGCAUCCUCAGUACUACCAUCAUCAUCAGUACGGGUUCGGUGCCGCGCCGCCGCCCAGCGCCGCCCACCAGCGGGUUCGCACCAUGACAAUGCCGCCGGCGUACGGCACCGGGAUGCCCGGUCCUCAGUUGUUCCCGUUCGCGAGACCGCCCGGCACUGGGUUGCCCGGUCGUCAGUCAUUGCAAUUCGCGAGACCGCCAGCGCCGUCGCAGAUGCCGGUGCCGCCAGCUGCCGCGAACCCAGCCUCGCACCAGCAGGCUCCCGCGAAGCCGGCGACGCAACAAGCCAGUCACUCCGGGGCCACGCGCUUGCCGCCGCCAGCUGCCGAGAGCCCGUCGGCGCAAGAGCUGGCUCCUAUGACGGCGACGCACGGCGGCGCUGGGCAAGAAGCCAGCGGUGACUUCGGGGCCACGCGCUCUUCGCAAGACGCCACCGCCACGGCGGAGACAGGGCAGCACGUCCAGUUCGCAGACUGCGUUAAGCCAGAGGAGAGGAUGCCUCCCCCGAUGGAGGAUAGGAUUCCGGCAGACAGCAACGACGGGAUCGGGAUGCCGGAGUGGGAUCUCGACUUGGGGUGGAUGUUUGAAGACAAGAGAUUCCACUUCACAAUGGAUGAGCUGUGCCAAACGUUCGACGAACCGCCGCCGACGCAGCAGGGAGACAACAAUUAA